GCAGGUGAGUGAUCUGAUGCCUACGAUUGGAUGUUGAUAAUCUGAUCAUUUGGAAGGUCAAGAUCGAUUUGAACGACCUAGAAUCACUCAACGCGAUCGAAGACAAAGGCGUGGCGUUGAAUCCGUUAACCAAACUGUCUGAAGCAUUCACGGAUGGAGUAGAGCGCGGAUGUAUUCAUGUCGUCGUACAACCCGUUGUACAAGGUGAAGUCCCAACCAAUUAUAGUAUGGCGAAGAUCAACAAAGAGUUCGAGACCGCUCUUGAAUCAACCUAUCCUUCCCCGUCAGCAGCUGCUAAAACGAAAGAAUAUCGCAACAUACAGCGCGGGCCCACCAAAUUAUACGACGGUCGCUAUGCUCAUAACAACCCAGUCAAUACGACUGCACCACCGAUACAGUUGUUCAACCCGGCAUUCGCCUACUUCUCAAGCAAAGCGUUCGAUCCUGAAUACACCGUACCAGAUGAGAUGCUGCGUAAUACCCAGGAGCUUAUGACUAAAUUUGCAGCAAUUCAUGCCAACGAGAGUGACCGCCGCCUAGAUCUCGUUCCUCUGCUGGCAAAGGUGAUCAAGGAGCCUUUAUUGCACGCGAAAAGUCGUUCUGGCAACUUUGAGCCCAAUGCUGUAGUCGUCCAUUCUCAUGACGAUAUUCCGGUACACCUUGUGGUAGUUGAGGAGAAGAACGAGGUUGGAGAUGGAGCUUCAGACCCUUCUGUCCAGGCGUCAUUCUCCUUUGUACAUCAAACUCGUGAGGACGCGGAACUUCGCUUAAAGUGCAAUUGUCCUACCUUCUUGGUUGCUCAUGCUGGACCUUGGCUAGCAGUUCUGGGCGCCGUCUUCACGGAGAAGUAUAUAAUCCAACGGCUUACGGACUUCAUCUGGAUCCCAGCCCACUCUGCACUCGAUGACGACCAGUUUCUUCGAAUUGGGCGCGUCAUGUAUGCACUUAGUGAAUCAGUCGCACAGCUCAGAGUCUGGUAUGACGAUGUCUUUGAAUGUGACGAGCCGCCGUACGACGCAUCAUAUCCUACUGCACACCCUCGCUUUUACCCAACCCCAGAUACCUAUCUACGCGACGAGAUUCCCGUACGAUUCAAAUAUGAGCGGCCCCUGGAACACGAUGCUUCGUGUGUGACUUACCUGGCGAAGACGAAGGAGGACAACCCGAUCAAUGUCGUUGUAAAGUUCGUCACCAGGUACGGCGAGGACGUUCACAGGGCGAUGGCAGAAGCCGGGUUCGCGCCGAAGCUUUUGUAUUACGGAAAAAUCGAUGUCGUGGAGGGGGUGCCAUCGUAUGGCGGGCUGCGGAUGGUAGUAAUGGAAUACGUGGACGGAAAGACGGCCUAUGGUUCACUGAAACUGCCUCCCAACUUUCGCCAAGAGCUCACGGAGGCGAUCGAGUACUGUCACAAGAAGGGUUUUGUGUUUUGUGAUCUUCGGAAGCCAAACAUCAUGAUCACGAAGGACCACAAAGUGCAACUGAUCGAUUUCGACUGGGCUGGACGCCAAGGCAAGGUCACAUACCCUGUAUCCAUCUCUCCCACUAUUCACUGGCCGGAGGGGGCGCAAGGAUUAGGGCCUAUACUAAAACAACACGAUCUUGAUAUGCUAGCGCGCUGCUGUAAUUAGACUUUCAAUUCUUCUGCUUUAUGAUGCGUUGCCACCAGCUUCAAGUUGUGCAGUCCUAUACCUUGUAGUUACACACCAGACAAUGUUGUAAUAUUUUGAACAACUUUCUCGGCAACUUUGUGAAUGUGUAAUGAGUUAUCGAUCACACCAAAUCCAACGACUCACUCAGUGCACCAGCCGUUAUGACCAUGGCUA